AGUGAAAGAGGAGGAGGAGGAGAUGGCUGUCACACUGAAAAAGGAGGAGGAAGAAGAGGAGGAAACUGGAUAUCUGGGCCCGGUUUCCCAAAGCCAUCUUAAGGCAUCCAAUAGUUCUAAUGAUGAACUUAGUCAUAAGAUGCUUUUGGAAAACUGGGCCCUGAUUAACACUAGAGAACAACAUCAUGAUGCUGACAAGGAAGAGAAGAGUCUCUCCACAUCAGAACGUCUGAUAAAAAACCGGCAGAGACCCACAGGGAAGAAACUUCACCGCUGCUCUGAUUGUGGGAAGAGUUACUCAAGAUCAGAUUCACUACAACUUCACCUGAGAAUUCACACUGGAGAGAAUUCUCACUGCUGCUCUGACUGUGGGAAGAGAUUCACCUCUUCAGCAGAUCUUAAAAAACAUUUGAGAAUCCACACAGGAGAGAAACCUUAUGGCUGUGAUCAAUGUGGGAAGAGUUUUACUAGAUCAAGUAAUCUGAAAGCACACCAGAGAAUACACACCGCAGAGAAACCCCAUAGCUGUGAUCAAUGUGGGAAGAGUUUUUCUUCGUCUAGCCAUCUGACUACACACCAGAGAACACACACAGGAGAGAAACCUCAUCACUGCUUUGACUGUGGAAAGAGUUACUCAAGAUCAGAUUCACUGAAAGUGCACCAGAGAAUUCACACUGGGGAAAAACCUUAUAGCUGUUUUCAAUGUGGGAAGAGUUGUAAUAACACAAACAGCCUGAAAACACACCAGAGAAUUCACACUGGAGAAAAACCUUAUAACUGUGAUCAGUGUGGGAAGGGUUUUACUGAUACAAGCAGCCUGAAAACACACCAGAGAAUUCACACUGGAGAUAAACCUUAUAGCUGCUCUGACUGUGGGAAGAGCUUUUCAAAAUCAUCUACAUUGCAAUCACACCAGAGAAUUCACACUGGAGAGAAACCUUAUAGCUGCUCUGACUGUGGGAAGACCUUUUCAAAAUUAUAUACAUUGCAAUCACACCAGAGAAUACACACAGGAGAGAAACCUUACAGCUGUGAUCAAUGUGGAAAGAGUUUUGUUACGUCUAGCCAUCUGACUAUACACCAGAGAACACACACAGGAGAGAAACCUUAUAGCUGUGAUCAAUGUGGGAAGAGAUACUCUGAUAAAAGAGCUCUGAUUAAACAUCAGAAAGUACAUACAUGAAGGAGUUGUUCCAUGAUAUCAAUGAAAUGAUGUCACAAUGUAGAAUGUUUUAACAUUGUAGUAGGAGAAUUCUAGUGAUGUCACAAUGUAGAAUGUUUUAACAUUGUAGUAGGAGAAUUCUAGUGAUGUCACAAUGUAGAAUGCUUUAACAUUGUAGUAGAAGUAUUCUAAUGAUGUCAUAAUGUAGAAUGUUUUAACAUUGUAGUAGGAGAAUUCUAAUGAUGUCACAAUGUAGAAGCCUAAACGUUUGUCCCCUGAUCUAUUGAUUUCAGCAUGGCAUGGAUAUGAGCCUCAUAAGGGGGAAAAUACAGGUUUUGAAAGAGACCUAUUUAUGUGAUUUAACAAAACAAAGUUUUGCAUUAGCGACCCACUUGAAUCAAAAUGCAACACUUCAAAAUGUAGCGUGCUGUUUUCUACAAAUUGUCCUGAUGUACACAUUAUUCCCAGAUUCCGUGUGGUGUUUGAGCUGUUAGUUUUAACAGGACGUGCAACCUCUUCUCCCCCCUCCCGUGCAAUUUAUUUCCAAGUGAUAUCGAUAUGAGUGAUGAAGAAUAAGUGUUGCAUUUCUCUUCGUUUUGGGGACGCCUACAUUUAAAUGCGUCACUCCAACAUGUAGCUGACUGUCUUCUGCAGAUCAUCUAACCAGUGAGGUAAAAGAUAUCUCCCAUUUCCAUGUUUAGUUGCGUUAGUUUCAACAGCAAGAAACAAUCUGAUUUCCCCCCUAAUCUAUAUAAGUGAUUUAUUGUUAAUUGACAAAACAAAAGUGUUUUUGGUGUUUGUGCAGUUAAUAAGGUGUUUAAAAAAAAAAUACAGGUAAUAUAUUUGUGUUGAUAAAAUGUUACAACUGUUUUGACAUUGGGGCUAUCCCACCUAGUGUCAUUGAAAAGAAGACUAUGCCCGACGUCCAAUCUACGUUCGGUUUUGGUUGAACGUUGAAAAAAACGUUUUUUUUCGAAUGGUUUCAACAAUUCCACUGAACCUAAUUUUAACGUUCUUGAAGUUUAUGAACAAUCCUACAUCACUCCUAGUAUUUACACAGUAUUUCUUUACAACAUUCAAUUGCUAAUUGUCUUUAUUAAUUAUUACCAAAACAUAUUUCCAAAAGGAUUCGGUUUUGAUAAUAAUACAUAAUGUAACAUUUAGUAAUCAUAAUUAUUUAUGCAACGAACUUACAAUUUAUUUUUUGUAUAAUUAUAUUGUUUACUAACAAUGUCGUAAAUCAAGCUUACAGUUUGUGCCAGGAGUCAUUACAUCCUGUCCUUACUAUUUUAAUCAAUGUAGUUUCCUUAGAAUGAUCAUUAGUCUUUCAUUGUUUGGUUAUUCUUUGUUUGUUGUGUAGUAAAUAUUUCCGUCUUUUAUUUUCAUUGCUUUAUCAGUUUCCUGUGAAGCGCAUUGUGUUGAAUCCAUGUCUGAAAUGUUCUAUAUAAAUACAGUUUGAUUUGAACAUAUUGUAAAACAAUGAACCCAAUGACUGACCAAUCAAAACAAAUUAACCCAGUGACUGACCAAUCAACAGACUUUUGCAAAACCAAUGAACAAAAUAUUUGCGAAAGCAACACAUAUCUUGGUGUAUCUUACUAUGAAAGACAGUAUAAGCUCAGUAUAACUACCACGAUGUCAAAAUUGUACAUGUUAUGUACGUUUAUUAUCACAUUUCAACCAGUACAUUUUGUACAAUACGUCAAAGGAUUCUACUGCUGAAAACUGAAACAAACAAAUGGAUCAAACAGCAGGUCCUGGAC